AUGUGGCAGAAUCCACUGCGUUUCGGCCAGUUACAGUUUGAUAUGUACGUAUCGAAUUUGAUAUGGCAAGAGCAUCUGCUGCAGGGCAUUCCCAACCCUUUAGUUACCCUUGGCGGGAGGAAAGGUGUAAUCAACUAUCUGAGGGCACAGCUCCCAGGAUCGAACCUAUGCUGCAGCGCUCGACGAGGAUUUUUCCAAUACCCGCUGCCGCCGGCCAUCGGAGACAGCUACGUGUUCAGCUACGAGCGGUGGAGGAACAAACGAGAGGUCAGCUACGCCUCCAAAAGCAAGGUAGGGCGAAACCUACGACCGCCGGGAUGGAACAGGGUUGUAUUACCAGCUUUCGAGAAGAAUGUAUACCGCGAACACGUUGUGACGGCUCUGCGAUCGGCAAGCGAAGUGGCCGGCUACAGAAAAGGCAACGAGAUCACGGUCGCUGGACGUGCCGUGCCCAAGCCCAUCUUGAGCUUCGACGAAACGGACUUCCCAGACUGCAUAACGAAGGUCCUUCGGGCCCAGGGUCAUGGCUCAUCGCCGACCAGUGUGCAAGCCCAGUGCUGGCCCGUGGUUCUCAGCGGCAGAGACCUUCUGGCCGUCGCUGCGACUAGUUCUGAAAACAGGUUCCUGGCCUACGUCAUCCCGGCGGUCCUUCACGUCCGGAGCCAAGAACCGAUGCCGCACGGAGACGGGCCUAUAGUGUUAGUCUUAGCAUCGACGCGUGAGCUGGCCCGGCAGGUGCAGCACACGUUCUCCCGGUUCGACAAGGAUUUGGGCAUUCGAACUGCAUGUCUCGUUCCGGGUGAGCCAAAGGAAGCGCAGCUAAAACGUCUCGGCGAAGGGUGCGAGGUUUGGGUCGCGACUCCAAGCCGCCUCGUAGGCCUCAUGGAGGAAUGCAAGGUGAACAUUCGCCGCUGCACGUUUCUUGUGUUGGAACAAGCGGACCGCAUGUUGGCGAUGGGCUUAGAGAAGCAGCUUCGCCUCAUUGUGGCAAACGUCCGAUCCGACCGCCAAACGCUCACGUGGCUGACGUCGAGCACGAGAGAGGCGUCCCUGCUGGCCGACGAGUUCAUGGAGGACUACGUGACCGUCACCUUCGGCGAAACGAGCCAGCAAUCCCAGAACCGACGUGCAGAACACAUCGUGUACGUUUGCGACGAGAAAGACAAGGAUGACAGGCUCAUCACCCUCUUCGAAGAUAUUCUCGACAAUAAGCGGGACAAGGCGGUGGUGUUCGUCGAGACUAAAGGGAAAGUGGACGACCUCGUGACGAGCUUGCGGCUUCGGGAUUGGCCCGCCGUGGGCAUCCACGGCAGGAAAACCGAGCAGCAGCGUGAGUGGGCGUUGAACGCACUCCGUUUCGGCAGAAUGCUUGUUCUGGUGGCGACCGACAUGGCGGGGCAUGGCGUGGACGUCGAAGACGCCCGUCUGGUGGUCAAUUACGAUUACCCGCGCAGUUUGGACGAUUACGCGCGCCGCGUUAAGCACGCAGUUCGAGACGACGGGAAAGGAAGGGCAUACACUUUUCUAACGCCCACUGAAAGCCGCAACGCCAAGGAGUUGGUCCGUAUCCUCCGAGACGCCGGGCAGGAGGUUCCACCAGACCUGUUGAAGGUUGCGAAGAAGACAGCACGGUCUUAA